CAAAGCACAUUCAAUCUUAUUGGUCUAUUUGAAUAAAAUUUGUUGCGUCAAUGGAUGAAGAUGAAAUUUUUGAAGAUUGUGAAUCGAGUGACACAAUUUCACCGUUAAAACAGUUUAAGGAAUGGAUUAGAAGUUAUGGAAAAUUUCCUGAAAAUAUUCCUGACGUUCUUCUGGAGAGAUUUUUAAAAGUAUGCGAUAAUGACCUAAACCAAACAAAAGAUUUGAUGCUAUUGAACUACAAGCUUCGAUCAAGUGCACCAAAUUUAUUUACAAAACGUGACAUCACGAGUAAGGAAAUGCAAGCAGCACGUGAAGUUUUACGAUUUUGUCCGAUGCCAAAAUUGACCAAAGAUAAGAAGCUAGUCACAAUUGGAGGAUUCAAUAAUUUAGAUCCAAAUGCUUUUAACUAUGCUGACUGUAUUAAGAUGGCAUUGAUGGUGUUUGACACGCGGUUCUGCUCAUAUGAUGAUCCUGAAAAAAAUGAAAUAGCCACAGGCGAAAUUGUGAUUAUGGACAUGAAAGGAUUAACAUUUAGGCAUUUUUGGAAAGUUCUAAGAAAUUUAAUGACUGCAAAAUUUUACAUGCAGUACCUUCAAGAAGCAGCACCAAUUAGGAUUUCUCAAGUUAAUAUCGUCAAUCCAUCGCCAGUUAUUGACAAAUUAUUCUCUUUAAUUAAGCCAUUCAUGAAGAAAGAGACACUUGAUGUUCUUAGAUUUCAUAAUCAAGGUAUUGAGACCCUCCUUGAACGAGUUGGACUUGAGAAUUUACCUGUCAAAUAUGGAGGUGCAUUUAAUGUCGAUUUAGAUGAAGUCCAUCAGAAUUACAUGAAGAGAAUCGAGAAUUUCGGGAACUACCUAAUAGAUGAUGAUAAUUGGAGACUCUCUGAGCUGAACGCAUUCACAGUCAUGAAUAAUGAUAUUAUCAAAUGUAAAGCUGCAGUGUGCUGGAAAGCUGGUGACAAAUUGAAGAUUGAGGAAAUAGAAGUUUCACCACCAAAAAGUGGUGAAGUUCGAGUCAAAGUUGUAGCUACUGGGCUUUGCUUCUCAGACAUCGCAUCAAUAUCUGGAAAAGUAAGAGGGAAAUUUCCAACAAUUUAUGGCCAUGAAGGCGCAGGAAUCAUAGAAUCUGUUGGAGAGAACGUUACUAAUUUGCAACGCGGAGAUCAUGCCCUAAUAGUGUUCUCACCUCAAUGCAGACAGUGCAGAAUUUGUAAAGCUGGUGUUGGCAAUGUUUGCAUGCAAUUCAUGAUGAUUGGAAUCACAGGUCUCAUGAAAGAUGGAACCUCACGCAUAACAUGUCGAGGACAAAAAAUUUUUAAUUUUAUGGGAACUUCAACAUUCACAGAAUUUACAGUUGUAAGUGUCAAUAAUUGUGUAAAGAUUAAUCCGCACGCACCGUUAGAAAAAAUUUGCUUAUUAUCAUGUGGAUUUCCAACCGGAUAUGGAGGAGCUAUUAAUUCAGCUAAAGUACGUGAAGGCAGUACAUGUGCUGUCUUUGGACUUGGUGCUAUUGGACUAGCUACAGUGAUGGGAUGUCGUACAAUGAAGGCUAGUAGAAUUAUAGCAAUUGACAUAAAUUCAGAGAAAUUUGAAAUCGCUAAGAAAUUAGGCGCCACAGACUGUGUCAACCCUAAAGAACUUGACAUGCCAAUUGCUGAUUAUUUGAAGCAAAACUUUCAAGGCGGUGUUGAUUUUUCAUUCGAGUGCGUUGGACUAAUUGAGACAAUAAAGCAAGCAUACGAUUCAAUAAUUAUCGGACAUGGUGUUUGCGUGCUAAUUGGAAUAACUCCAAGUGAUAUGUCAAUUGACAUCAUGCCUGUUCAGCUUCAGAUUGGAAAAAGCAUUGUUGGAUCAUUUUAUGGUGGAUUUAGAACUCAAGAUGACGUUCCACGUCUAGUUGAUGAAUAUAUGGAUGGACAUUUCGAUCUGGAAAGCUUUAUAACUCAUGAAAUGAAAUUAGAAAAUAUAAAUGAAGCUAUCGACCUCCUCAAGGAUGGAAAGUGUGUACGAACUGUAAUCAACUUAUAAAAAAAUAUUUAAGAAUAAAACAUUUGAGUAGUCAUGAUGAUGGGAAUCGUAGUGAGGGUUUUGUUGAUUAAUGCUUAAGGGGCCGUUUACUUAUGACGUCCAGUGGGGGGGGGGGGGGGGGUCAUCAAGAAGAACAAUAGAAAUUAUUG